CCAGAGCACAUCCUUCAUGAAAUUCUUUCAAGAACAAGAAGAAAAGAUGCCAUGAGGGCCAAUAUUUUGUCCAAGUUGAUGCCAUGAGCACAUCCUUAUUAGCAUUCUUGAAUCCAAAUCAUUGGUUUACCUCACCUUGGUUGGCAGUUUUAGACUUGUUAAAUCAUUAUUCAUAACAAUAGAACCGCUAAUAGGACACAUGUACGUGGUCGAAUGUAAAAUAUCUAGGCUUUCAAUAUCCAAACAAUUUUACACAUGUGCGGGCCAGGUCAUGUGCACUAUUCCACUAUCUCUUCGCACUCCUUCCUUUUACUGAUUUACAUGCUACACAAGUUUCAAACGGGAGAAAGUUGAUUAAACCUUAACCUGAAAUAUUUGAUGAGUCAUAUUUGACAUGACAAGGCACUGGCAGGGAAGAAAGAAAGAUAGUUGCUUGAAAAAUAUAUUCAAUAAUUCAUAGCUGAUGAAGAUCUUGAUGAGAUAGGUUUUUCACACUUUACCAAAAUCUCUUCAGUCUCAGCAAUCCUUCAACACACUGGGGAGCUCAGAGAUCUUACUAAGGAAAUGGACAAAAUUUCUGAUCUGCCAAAGAUGAUCCUCCAUGACAUUCUUUCAAGAUUGCCUUACAAAGAUGCUGCAAGGACCAGUGUUUUGUCCAAGGCUUGGCAUGAAACAUGGUCCUCAUUCCCCAUCUUGGUCUUCCACGGCUUUGACCGAGGCGUGUUCUUGCACUCUGGGGAUAGUAAAGAUCCCCUGAAGAUACAAGAUUACAGAAGGAAAGUGAACAGCUUCCUCAACUCUGUGGACAGGACACUUGUUAGGUUCCACCACCACGGCUUCGCCAUCAAAGAAUUCAGCCUUAGUAUGAUGUUCUUCCAUCCUCAGUUCAUGCCACAUCGCGUCGACCGGUGGAUGAAGAUAGUAGGUGAAAGUAGUAGUAUUAAGGUCCUAAAGCUUGAACUUAAAGUUGUUGAGCAUCGCUUUGGAUUUAAGUUUGACUACACGGUUGAUAAUUAUUACGGCUUGCCAUCAGAUGUAGUGAAAGCAAAGUCAUUAAGUGAAUUAAAGUUGUCGGGGAAGAUUAGAGUGGAUAAAUUGUUUGCAAAUCACAGAAUUAGGUUCCCUUUGUUGCGGAUAUUGUCCUUAAUUGAUGUUUAUUUGGGACAUGAACAAGCCAUGGAAGAUCUCAUUUCUGGUUGUCCUAUGAUUGAAGACUUAAAAUUGGAGAACUGUGUUGGAUUGGAAAAUGUAAAGGUACAUGAUUUGCCUAAGCUAAAGUCUGCUAAGCUUUCUGGAUUUCAUGAAAUUGAUGUUGAUGUGCUGAGUCUAGAGUUUCUUCAAAUUACUAACGAUGACACAGAGUUCCCUUGUGAUAUCAAUAUAGACAAGUGCAGAAAUUUGAAGGUGCUUCUUUUAAAGGCUGUGAGUUCUGUUUUUGUCUCUAACCAAUGGUUGCUUGAACUUUUUGACAAGUUUCCUUUCCUUGAGAGGUUGGAAUUAUGUUGUUGUAUUACAUCUGAGAGCCUAAUGAUCUCCAGUUCUAGGCUCAAGGUUUUGUCCUUCCAGGCUUGCUUUGAGUUGAAGGAAGCUAAGAUCGAUGCACCGAAUUUAGAGUCAUGUAGAUAUUUUGGAACUCACAGACACAUGCCAGCAGCCAUAUCUUUUGUGAACUGUUCAAAUCAGGUGGAAUUUGAUGCUGUCUUCGCAAUCGAAUUUCGUCUGGAUUUGGAAUGGAUUAGGGCAUUUUUCCAGCACAUAGAACCAAGAAAUGUUACCUUGUCUCUUAAAAUCAUGAAAGAUUCAUCUAUUGUGUUGAAUGAAGAUGUGCUACAAAAUGUUCAAGUCCCUUUGCUAAGGAUCAAACAGUUGAACUUAUGGGCAGAUGAAGAAACUCAAGAUUUGUGUGUGCUUCUUAUCAAUGGUUUGUUUUGGAGCUUCCGUCCUGCUAUUGUUUCUUUGAACCUGAAAUUCUGCAGCAGAAUAUUCGUUAAGCUAUUAUUGGAGAGGCUAAGGUGCAGCAACGAGAAAGAGAGAUGCUGCAGUUCAAGUCAAAUGAAAUGUUGGUGGCAUGAUUUGAAAGAUGUCAAAGUCAAAAGCUCUCCCAAGAAAUAUGAGAACCUCAGUGAUUGUGAAACACUCUUGGAUUCAUUGCCAAUAAAUCUUUAUUCCCCGGAUCUUCAACUUAACUUUCAGUUAGAGUGGGACUCAUUACAGUAAGACAAGUUCAAUUUUAAAUACAUAAAAUUACAACUGCAACUGCAAUUUGUUAUUUCGUUUUUUUUUUCUUUCUUUUUUGCCUUCUUUGUGUUGAACUUUAACGGUUGAUGAACCACUUGAAAGUAAUUGAUAUGUUCUACUUUGACAUUCA